AGCCCUUUGUUUCCGGAAAGAGCAGAGUCCCAGGUCAGCAGGCAACUUUUCUGACGGGAUUAUUUUGAUACUUGUGUCUAUUGAGGUACCUCGGCCUCGAAGGGAUCCUUUUCACGGGGAGCCCGUGUCCCCUCCUGAGUCAUUGAUCAGGGCGCAGCGGGGGGGUUCAGCGGGCCAUGAGCGGGCAGAGCGCCGUGGCCGCUCUGCUGCAGCAGUGCCAGCGGGCCCUGGACACCGAGCUCCUGCCCCGGGCACCGGGAGAGGCGGAGGAGCGGGAAUACCGGCGGUGCCAAGGCCUGCUUCCCGAGGAGCUGAGGAGCCUGCUGGAGGAGGCAAAGGAAAUGAAGUGGCCCUUUGUGCCGGAGAGGUGGCAGUACAAACAAGAGCUGGGCCCAGAAGACAAAACAAACCUGCAAGAUAUGAUCAGCGCCAGGCUGCCUGACUUGCUGGCUUUUCUGAAGGCCUCCAUCGUGGUCCGGGACAGCAGCACGGCCACGGCCGUGGUGUUCCUGCUGGACCGCUUCCUGUACUGGCUGGACGCCUCCGGGCGGCUCCUGCGGCUGGCCAAGGGGCUGCACCGCCUGCAUCCCGCCGCUCCCAUCAGCCCGCAGCUGCUCAUCCGCCAGGCUCGCCUCGCCGUCAACGCAGGUAAACUUUUAAAAGCUGAAUAUAUCCUGAGCAGCCUGAUUAAUGACAACGGAGCAACGGGAACCUGGCGAUACGCCGAGGAGAGCGAUCGGGUUCUUGUUCAGGCAGUCUGCCUGCAAAUCAGGGGACAGAUCCUCCAAAAGCUUGGGAUGUGGUUUGAGGCAGCAGAGUUGGUCUGGGCUUCCAUCGUGGGAUACUUCCAGCUUCCCCAGCCAGAUAAAAAGGGAAUUGCCACAUCCUUGGGUAUUAUGGCAGACAUCUUUGCUUCCAUGGAUGAGCAGGAUUAUGCACGCUUCAAAACCAGUUCUGACAUUGACCUGAGCCUCCUGCAGGAGUUCAACCACCGCUUGUUGUCGGCGGCCGAGGCCUGCAAGCUGGCAGCUGCCUACAGCCAGUACACCCCCCUGUUUGUCCUCACGGCCGUGAACAUCCGUGGGAUGUGUCUGCUGUCCUACAGCCACUCCAAGGACUGUCCCCCAGAAAAGAGAGAGUUCUACUUGUCUGAAGCCAAAGAAUCCUUUGAGGUGGGGCUCCUGACCAAGGAGGAGCAGAGUGCCAUCACCAGCAAGCAGGAGCUGCACAGUUUCAUCAAAGCCGCCUUCUGCCUGGCCACCGUGCACCGCUGGCUCCAUGGGGAGAGCCAGCAGCUCCAGCAGGUCACCCAGCUGUGCAGGGAAGCCCUGGGGAAGCUGCACUCCUACAGCAACUCCUUCCCAGAGGAGGAAGAUAAGGGGAUGCUUGCCAGAGAGAUCAUGUCUCUGGUUGCAUCCGUGAAGAGGUGCCUACGGGUGGGAGGCUUCCCGAAUUCUGAUGCCAGGUCUUACGUCCCAGACAGUUACAAAGGCCCGGUACAAAAACCUGUCCUGCAAGGCAAAGCCAGCUUUGAGAAAAUCCUUGCCAAGCAUUCCCAGCACCACCUGUCAGUGUGCCAAGUGUUUGAAAAAACUUGCAGGAUUCAUAAAACCACGCCGGGAGAGAUCCAGGUGGGAGCUUGUAUCACAACCCUGAGAACAGAGACCAAAACCAUGGACACCGUGUGUACUGCUGAAGACACAGCUCACCAGAGGAGUGGUGCUGUGAAAAUCCUGAGCUCACCAACAGCAGGAAGCAGCUUAGAGGGACUCAGUGGCCAAAGAAUUCAAGACAUUGGCUCUGGAGUGAUGAAAAUUUCCUUCGAAGAAGAGAUGGAGCCAUUAGAAAUUAAAAUAAACAGCGGAAAAGAUGGUUUCAGCAGAGGGGAAGGCAGGAGCCAAAGCACUACUUCUGAGAACUCUUGGUGCAAGCUGUCCAAAUGCAGUUACUCUACCAGCUGGGAGGAGCUGAGUUGUAAUAGCAGCAGAGAGUCUCUCAGGGAGGGGCAGCAAGGGGAGAAGGGCUCAGUGGAGGAGCAGUGCUGUACCACAGAACUCGAUGGAAGCAGCCAGGACACGCCCUUGUGCUCGUUGCCUCCCAGAGCCUGGCAUCCCGCUCCUCAGGAGCCCCUCCGUGGCUCUGGGCGCUCUCCUCGGCAUUCCUUAGAGGGGUGUGCCCCUCGAGCAGGGAGGAUGGUGGAGAAGGAGCCUCUCUGCGGAGAAGAGCUGUGGGAGGGAAGACAGCGUGGAAGGAGCUCCUCCGAAGAGAAAGCAAAGGGCUCAAACAACGAGUUUCCUUCCCUCUCCAUCUCCUACUCUGUUCCUACAGGGCAGGAGGAGGAGGAGAAGUCCUUUUCCUGUGCGGAGCUGAGCUGCAGGACCAAGGACAGCAGCAGGGAGGGAAGCAUCGGUGGCUUUGAGCGGCUCCACCCGGGAGAACCUGCAGACAGCACCGAGGAUCCCUCGUUUGAGGCACAGCCCCCCCAGGACAGGGGCCCUUCUGUACCAUCAACAAACAUAGGGCUGAAAGUGAGCAGUGACUCCUCUUUGACUGGCUGGGUGAGGAAAUCUGCCGUGCUGGGGAACAGAUCUCCCCAGCUGCCUCAAGUUGACACCCAGGCAGAAACAGUGGAUGACACUGAAUUUGAGCUCGUCAGCAUGGGACACUUGGUAAAGGAUUAUCCUGCAGCACUGGCUCCAAAGCAUGAAGCAACUCCCAGUGUGCCAGCAGCUUUGCCCUCCCUGGGAAAGAUAUCCACAACCAAGCCCUUCGAAUGUGCCACUACAGAGGAAGAUGAAGAGAAGCCUCAGGAUGUGGUGGGCAGCAGGGGACAGUCCAGCUCCUCUCUGAGUUCAGGGAUCACAUCAGCACCUUUGGCCACGAGCUGCCCUGCAGGUUUAGUGCCAAGGGGAGGUGGCUUUGCCUUCACACCUGGCAGAGUGAAGGAAGAGAUCCUGGAUGCUCGCUUUCUGAGGGAUGAUGAUUACAGGCAGCUCCUGGCAGGGGUGGAGCAUAACUGGCUUGUCCAGAGACUGAUGCCUACUGGGAUCUUUAGGAGCAAAGAGCUUCACAAAGCAUACUCUGCUCUUCUUCUGAAAUACUCCAAGAAAUCGGGGCUGUGGACAGGCCAGGAGACAGCUGUGUUCAUUGGGGACUACCUGAACGUGGCCAAGGAAGGCAAGCAGAGAAGUGCCUUUUGGAUACACUUCCUGCACCAAGAAGAAAGCCUGGGAAGGUAUGUUGGGAAGGAAUACAAAGAGGAGAAAGGACUCCUCCAUCAUUUCAGUGACGUGGAGAGACAGAUGACAGCCCAGUACUACGUGACAGAGUUCAACAAGAGGCUGUAUGAGCAGAAGGUCCCUACCCAAAUCUUUUACAUCCCCUCCGCAGUGCUCCUGAUUCUGGAAGACAGAACCAUUAAAGGCUGUGUGAGUGUGGAGCCCUACAUCCUGGGGGAGUUUGUGAAGCUGUCCAACAACACCAGGGUGGUGAAGAAUGAGUACAAAGCCACGGAGUACGGUCUGGCUUACGGCCACUUCUGCUACGAGUUCUCCAAGGGAACUGACGUGGUCGUCGACCUUCAAGGUUGGGUGACAGGUAACGGGAAAGGCCUCAUCUACCUCACAGACCCCCAGAUUCACUCUCUCAACAGCAAAGACUCACGCUCCAACUUUGGGAAGAAAGGAAUUUACUACUUUUUUAAUGAUCAACACGUGGAGUGCAACGAGAUCUGUAGCUGCCUGUCCUUGACAAGGCCCUCUGUGGAGCUGCUGGCCUAGACUGGCACAGGAUUGGGCACAAUUUCAGAUGUAUCAAGCACUCUCUCUUCAUCCGGGGCUGGGAUACUGGAAAUCAUGGAUUUACAACCUCACUGCCUGAAGAACUGGGGCUCCUCAUGAACAUGGUUCCAAACACAUGGAGUUUAAGUUAUUGGCUGCUAUUUGUGAUAUAAAUAGGGGGUUCUUGAGGAAACAAGUAGUUGACUCUGAGGAUGGAGAAUUGAAUAUUUUGGCUGUAAAUUUCAUCUUAGAGCUACUGACAAAAAAAAAAAAAAAGCUGCUAUUUCCUCUGGUUUCAGAAUAAAGUAAUUUGAACUAA